AUGUUGGGAGCUAUACGGCAAGCUACCCGUGUGAGGCCUGCAAAUUUGUUUUCCUCGAAUGUUAUGAGACGACAGCAUUUCUUGCAAACUAGAAAGAGAAUUUAUAGUACCGAAACAACUUCGAAGUCGACUUCGGAUAUUUCUAAAGCUACUACUAACGAGGCCACUCCUUUUAAAGGUGCUCCCCCAAUUGAAACUGUUAAAGGAGAGCUCAAAACCAAUAAUGUUGUUAAAGAAGAACUUGCAAAGAAAAAAGGAUUUGGAUUUGGCAAAUUCAUUUUAGGUAUAACAAUCUUUGGUGGUAUAGCUUAUGGUGGUGCUAUAUAUUACUCACUUAAAAAUGAAGAUUUUCGUGAUGCUUUUGUUGAAUAUAUUUACGGAGCCGAAAAAUCUGUUGAAUAUGUUGAAGAUCUUCAGAGGCAAGGAACUUUUGAACAAAUUGGAAAGAAUGUAAAACAAUUUAAAAAUAAUACUUAUGAUAAGGGUAAGGAUGUUAUAAAUAGGGUGAAUCAAAUUUUCAAACAACCGGAUAUCGUAAAAGUUCCCAUAGAAAUUGUUAAGGAAAUUAAGGAAAGACAAAUAGAACUACCUGAAGAUCCUAUUCUUCUUAAACUUGCUUAUACUCUAAAUGAACUCAUUGACAUUCUUGAUAAUUAUGAUGUUAAGGAUAAAGACGAUCUUAUUAAAAGAGCAAAGGAAGAAUUAAAAGAACUUGGUACUCGUAUUGAUCUUCUUAAAAUUGAAGAUCAAGUAAGAAGUCAAGCCCAUAUGGCCGAACAAAACGAAAAAUAUAAUCAGCUAUAUGUUUCAAAAGAAGGAGAACUAAAGCAACAAUUUGAAGAUGAAAAGAAACGUAUUUAUGAACAGUUUAAAAGUGAACUCGCUCGUGAAUCUGCUAGAAACAACGAAGAAUUGAAAAAUGAGCUUGUUAAACAAUCUGUUGAAUUACAACGAAGGUGGAUUCGAGACGUUAAAUUUAUGGUUGAAAAAGAGCGCGGUGGACGUUUAGCUAGGCUAGACAACAUUAACCAUCAUCUUAAGAUGCUUGAACGUAUAAGUGUAGAUAAUGCUGAACAUUUGGAUGAUAGUCUAAAAACUCAUAGAUUAUGGUGUACGUUAAGAGCUUUACAAAACGCAGUCGAACAACCUGAUCGAAUUCCUUUUUCUAAUCAGAUUGCUGCUAUGAGACAUUUAUCUUCAACCGAUGAAAUUGUAACAACUGUAUUGUCUACGAUCGAUGAUAAUGUUGCAAAUAAUGGAGUGGAUUCCAUAUCAGAUUUAUCGGCUCGGUUUGCAACCGUAAGAGAAGAAGUACGACGUGCGUCUUUAGUUCCUGAAAAUGGUGGGGUGUUCGCUCACCUUCUAUCCAUUAUGUUUUCAAAGAUUUUAUUCCAAAAGCAUGGACUUGCGGAAGGGAGUGAUGUUGAAUCAAUUCUUGCUAGAGUUCAAUAUCAUCUUAACGAAAAUGAUUUAGAUACUGCAACGAGAGAAUUAAAUCAAUUAAAAGGAUGGCCAAAGAAAUUGGCAGAAGAUUGGAUCAAAGCUGCCAGAAACCAUUUGGAAAUUAAGCAGGCGAUUGAGGUCAUUGAGACACAGGCCACAUUAUCAAGUCUUUCAGUAGUAUAG